AAGAGGUGCGCACGCUGGCGCGAGGUUAGUCGCCGUUCGGCAGCGUGUCGCCAACGGUGUUGUUCCACCGCUCCGACCUCCCGCUUCCUCGUCGAGCUUCACUGUCGCAACCGCGUGUCGUUUGGGAAAGGCGCGUGUGCUGACGGACGUUUCUGUUGCAGCCGCCCGACGCCGCACGCCGCACGUCGCAAGCCGCACGCUGCACGCCGCAAGCCCUGCGCCCGCGAUCUCGCUGCUCCCUACGCGAGCCAUGGACCUCAGGAUAGCGCUAUGUCUUCUGCUCUGUGCAACAUACACGGUCGUUGCGGAAGUAGACAUCAUCACAGAACCACGACCAGGUGAAGAGUAUGUCUUAGUUAGCUCUGGACAACAAACACCAAUAAGAAAUUUUGAGACCUCGCAUAAAAUUCCAGAAAAACAUCCCAAUCAUAGACUUACAAAGCCAGAAGAUAGCAAUGAAAAAAUAUUUAAAAAGUUACACAGUGGAAAAGUCAAACAUUCUACAGAAGGUAUCGUUUCUAUAGAAGAAGAUAAAAAAGCGCAAAUUAAAAAAGGUCAAAAACUUAAGGCAUCCGAAUCAAUUGAAAUCGAUGUUCCUGUGUCAAAGUUAGAGGACAUCAAGAUUAAGGAAAAUGUUAGAGAUGUUGAUACAAACCCUGAAUUAGCAGUAGCUUUAGAAGCUAUGUCAGAAUCUGGAAAAUUAAGUAAUGAUGGUGGAACUACGACACAAAAACCUAUUCUAACAACAGCAUCUCCCACAGCGUCCAAAGGUUAUGAAUACAUUCCCAUUAAUUUUGACACCAUUGACGAUAUUAACAGUGGACUCCUCUCAUCAAAUGUGAAACUUGAGACAGCUGGUUCAGAACAAAAACAACACUCACGAAUUCAAGUUAAAAAGGGACCAAAUGGUCAAGACUAUGAAUAUGAGUACAUUUAUUAUUAUUAUGAUGAAGAUGAUGAAAGUAAAAAGGAAGUGAAAGACAAACCCGCAAGCACUGAAGCACCAGUUCUCAAUUCACAUGAUGGACCAGCAAAAGUUGAGAGUGAGAACCAUAUUGCCAAAGACAGUAGAUCAAAAAGCAAAUAUAGCUCAAUCGAUAGAUCAACCACGACCACAACUGCCUCUCCAGAGGUACAAAAUGAAGUAUUGAGCACAUCUGGUAGAGGUCGUUCGCGUGGAAGAAAUAUCACUCCAGCUCCAGUUCAAGAAGAAAUAGUAGAGAGAUUACCGUCAAGCACACGGUUCCCACCUCGGGGUCGUAGUUUUGGCGGUUCAAGCACCACUACUCAUGUACCUGAAGUAACAUCACAAGCCAUUAGACAGCGUGGUAGAUCACAAGUUGAUAGUGUGGCUGAUGAAUCUAUCGGUCAAACCAGAAGUAGGACACGUGCGCAUGUUAGGCGACCAAGCUCGGAACUCGUCGAUCUUGAUAGUUUCAAAACACAUUCGGGUGACAUUCGCAGCCAAUACAAGGAACCGCCAACGAGAUAUUCAUCUGAAAGCAAAACUACUACUGAUGUUUCUGACGUGGAGGCUGUAAAGGAAAUGCAUCGGGAAGGCCACAGUCUCUCAAGCGGUAUCAUUUUCCAAGAAAUAUUAGAUGACGCCAAAUUGCCUUCGGACUACAAACAAACGACGACGUAUGAACAAGACACAACCGAAUAUACAACGAUGACUGCGAUGGAAAAAGUAGCCCUCGAUCUGUACGCCUACUUAGCGGGUGAAAAUUUGAACAACGAAAUAAAUCCCUCAAGCGAUUUGUUGAGUUUUGAUGGAUCCACAACAGUAGACGAUGAUACUUGGACAACCGAAGCUAUGACUACAACAGAAGAGGAAACUACGCCGACGACCACAACUACAACAACAACCACAACCACCACCACGACUACCACUACACCAGCGCCCACAACGACAACAACUGCGGCCCCAACUCGACCAUCGCGAUUCAAGUCCCGCCCUGGAGCCCGAGCUAGAGGCUCGGUGGCUACCAGUGCAGCGACAGAAGCACCUCAAGAAACAUCUACUAGGGCGCGAGGUCGGUUUGGUAAGCCAAAUGGAGUCAGAAAAACUACAGUCGCUAACGCCGAGGCGGAGUCCAGUUCAGCAGCCCCUGCCGAGAAGCCAGCAACACAGCCUAAGGCGUUCGGGCGUAGAGGCGGUCUAUUCGCUGGCCGAACCCGCCCUGUCUCCACGACGAGUGCGCCGGCGCAGGAUGGCAGCAGUGCAGCCAGCGAAUCACCUGCACCUAGAGCUCGUCUACGUCCCGGUUUAAGAAGAACUGCAUCUACUACGACGGUGGCCGCUUCGUCGGCUGAAGUAAGCGAGACGACCGCACCCAGCGCCAGCUCCAACGCAGGAUCUGGUGAAGUUGUUGAAACCACACCAACACCAGGCAGAAGUAUUGGACGUAAACCAGGUGUGAGGCCCAUAUCUCUGAGACCGGGGCCCAGGCUUAACCUUAGGCCCAACCCUCGUCUUAGGCCAGGUGUGGCUACUACAGCGAACACUGAAGCUCCUUCUGAGGCACCCGCUCCCGAGACUUCGGCGCCCGCGGAGUCCCCCGCAGCCGACGAAGAAUCUGAGGCUUCAUCUCCAACCCCAUCUCCCGAAGCGCCUCGAGGAGGAAUCAAGUUACGUAAUAGGCUACAGGUGUCGCCUUCUCCUAAACCUCGCGUUGCCGUUACACCUCCACCACGCAGGCCUAACCCCCUGUUGAAGAGGAAAUUGCCUUCCACUGAGGCCACAACCGAAGCACCAAAGAAGGCAUCAUCAGAGACGACGGAGGAAAGCACGAGUGCUGAGAAAAGCGAGACUGAGACGGAGGCCGCGCCCGCGGAGACCACCCCCGCACCCCCCCUACGCGGUCUGGACGCUCUGAUCGCCAGAAGACGCGCCGCCGGAGUAGGCGCGCGACCUGCGCGACCAGUUCGAGGCGCCAGGCUACCUAAAUAAACAAUAAUAAUUACUGUUUAACAUUAUGACGUGACUUCAAACGAAAUUUCAUUAGAACUCUGUCUAUUCAGCACACUGUUCCCACCCCACAUAAAUUAUGUAACCACUGUUCUCACGAGAAUCGAGAUUUCCCACACUUUAAUCUUUGACGCUGUUUCGAAGCCGUUUAUUUUUUCUUUUAGUCAUGUCAUGAAUUAGUCAAUUCAACGCCCCAAAUGAGUAUAAAAAAUAGAUUAACUGCUCAUCAUACUAUCAGUACUUAUAUUUUUUGAAUAUUUUAAUACAGGUAGAUUAUAUGCAUAUUUAGAUUUUACCUACCCUUUUACUUUUUAAUUUUAGAAGUUUUGACCUUGAUAUUAAAUAGCCUCCUAUCAAGGGGUUUACUCACUAAUUUAAUUAUACGUGUUAUAUGUACAUAUUAGAAUUAAAUGUUAUUACAAGAAUGUACCUAGGGAUCUACUUUGGAUAAUACCCUUUACAGUUUUAUAAUUUUAUAAACCAAAUUCAUUAUUAAUUAAAGGUUUUUUGUAAGUUUUAUCCUGCAAUUGAAGUUACGUAACAAAUAUUGCUAGUAAAAUUAAACGAAUUUCUACAGUGCCUUCAAAAUAUUAUAAAAUUAUAUUAAAACGUGUACUUAUUUGUUUUACGUCUUCAUAAUAGAUGGAAAUUUAUGUAUAAAGUUUUUUCACGUGUAAUUAGGCAAUUAGAAAGCGAAAUUUUGAUUAACUUGUGAUACUAUUAAAUUACACAUACAUUCAUUUUUAUUUAUUAUCAUAAGUGAUGAACAUUGUACUCGGACUAUAAUAAAUCGUUUGCCAUGGCAACAUUCACCGAUAUGUGACAACUACUGAAGCACUGAUAGUUAGUGCCAUCGUGAUAUGUUUUGUAUCUUUUCGUAAGUGUGAUAAUAUACUUAAUAAUAAUAAGAUAAUGUUUA